GUGGCGCCGGCGGCCCUGGAGCGUGCGCAGCCGCGAGGGGUGCCCGGGACUGAUGGCGGAAGUGGAUCUGGUCGCCGAGUUCCCCCAGCCAGCCGGUGCUGCGCGCUGGGCCGAGGUUAUGGCUCGCUUCGCCGCCAGGUUGGGCGAGCAGGGCCGACGAGUGGUGUUGGUGACGUCCGGAGGCACCAAGGUUCCACUGGAAGCCCGGCCAGUGCGCUUCCUGGACAACUUCAGCAGCGGGCGGCGCGGUGCAGCCUCGGCCGAGGCCUUCCUGGCCGCGGGCUACGGGGUUCUGUUCUUGUACCGCGCGCGGUCCGCCUUCCCCUUUGCCCACCGCUUCCCGCCCCAGACCUGGCUGGCGGCCCUGCGGCCCUCCGGCCCAGGCCCUUCGGGUUUGCUGAGCCUGGAGGCCGAGGAGAAUGCACUCCCGGGCUUCGCUGCGGCUCUGCGGAGCUACCAGGAGGCUGCGGCUGCCGGCACCUUCCUGGCCGUAGAGUUCACCACUUUGGCGGACUAUUUGCAUCUGCUGCAGGCUGCGGCCCAGGCGCUCAAUCCGCUAGGCCCUUCUGCGAUGUUUUACCUGGCUGCAGCCGUGUCAGAUUUCUAUGUUCCUGUCUCUGAAAUGCCUCAACACAAGAUCCAGUCAUCUGGGGGCCCACUGCAGAUAACAAUGAAGAUGGUGCCAAAAAUGCUUUCUCCUUUGGUUAAAGACUGGGCUCCCAAAGCAUUUAUAAUUUCCUUUAAGUUGGAGACUGACCCCUCCAUCGUAAUUGAGCGUGCACGGAAUGCUUUGGAAAUCUAUCGACAUCAAGUGGUGGUGGCUAAUAUCCUUGAGUCACGACGGUCCUUUGUGGUUAUUAUAACCAAAGACUCGGAAACCAAGUUAUUGCUAUCAGAAGAAGAAGUAGAAAGAGGCAUAGAGAUAGAAGAGAAGAUAGUGGGUGAUCUUCAGUCUCGACACACAGCUUUUAUACAUGACAAAAACUGAAGUAAAAAGUCCUUAUAGGAUCAAAAAUUUUUCAGUGGACCAGGGCUCUCACAGCUGGUGAGAACUAGAAUAAAUCCUUUGCUUUCAUAAAGACAGAGAAAAUGAGGGGGAAAAAAGCAGUGAGUGGUGUGCAGGCGAAUAUGGUUUGGUAUUUGUCUUUUAAAGAUCAUUUCAUACUCACUGAAAAUGAAAACAAAGGCAAAGUAGUUAUGACCGAACCGCCUGACACACCUAAAUGUCAACUUGAUUUUGAAAAUGAACAGGAGCCGUUUCUCACUUUUAAGUAAAAGAGCUUAUUGGGAAUUAUAUUCCUCAAAAUAUACAUGUGGGGCCUGAAAAUCAACCUCCUUCAUACUGUAAAAAGGAUUAUGGAUGCAUGAAUGGCCAUGCUUUGAAGAUCAAAUGUUUGUUGAGGCCUACUAUGAGGUAGGACCUGAGGAUUAAAAAGAUGAAUAAACAUGUCUAGUUUGGGAAAUGGAUAUAUAAAAAAUUAAGUGCAAUAAAGUGUGUGCCCAAAAGCCGA